AUUUCACAAAGCUCUGCCAGGAACGCCCCACGGUUUUGCCUGCCCGGAAAAUGCAACACCGGGUAUAAUACACUUUCAGUCUUGCUGUCAUUCUCGCAGCAAACUCGAUUUUUGUAUUUUGGCAGAAAAACUACAAGGCGGAAUUGUUUUUUUGAUAAAUUUUUAUAUAUUCAUAUUGUUAAAAAUUUCUAUUUAUACAAUUUUUUUUUUCAAAUACACGGGAUAUACAAUUUAAAAAAUUCCAUAAUAUUUCGAUCGACAACAUUGGAAGCAGUGAAAUAAAUAAAUAAAUUUUCUUGUGCAAAAUUGUUUGUAUGUCGACGAAUGAGAGCAAAACUUUGAUGAGUACUGUUUGAAGUGAAUUGAAAAUUUUCCGUAUUCUGUUUUGGAAAAAAACGCCAGCUUCCUGCUUUUCCUGAACAACGAGGGCAGAUCGCGUUUACGGCGUGUUUUAGUGAGGUCAACGAUUUUUUGUUUUCGAAAUUCUAAUAAGAAAGUUUUUAUCGUGAAUUUUGCCGUGGAUUACUAGAAAUCCAUUUGGAAUAGUGGGGCUUCGGAGCUAGAGAAGUGCCCAAAAAGUGUUGUGAAAAUAAUACCUCAUAAACGUUUUAGAAUAACCAUAAAGCGUACAAGUCAGGGGCGACAAUUAGCGCAACCAAACGAAAUAGCAGCGUAUACAGCAGCUGCUAGGAAUAUACAAAAAAAAACAAAAAUUGCGCCAGUUCGUCAAAGUAAAUCAAAAAUCCGGCGAGACAGAAAGCCGGAACUUAGGCAAGUCAGGAAAAAAAUGGAAAAGAAAUCACAUAAAUCCACUCGAAAUGGCAACAUAAUAGCACAUAGUGGCGGUGGUAUCGGUACUACUGCCAAUACCGCCGGCUGCGGCUCUACAAAAGAGCGUGCACAUGUUAUUAGUGCCUCAACUAUCAAUAGUUUUAGUAGCGGCAGCAAGCAGCGAAGUAGCAAUUCGAGUCAUCACAAUCACACGCAUCACGGACAUCACACUGCGGCUAGUCAUCAGCAUCAGCUUAAUACACACAGUCAGAAACAACAGCAAACGCAAGUGCAGCACGCGGCGCUACAUGCGGCUAGUCCAGCGCUGAUGCUUGCUGUCGGCAAGGUGACCACCGAAUCCAGCAAAAAUACGAAAGUCACAAGCGAACAUAUCUCCAACGCAUUGGAUCACGUAGCGACAGUACUAUCAACCGUCAGUCCCAAGUUGACAUCAACCACAGCCGCAACGGCGACGACGAACACAACAGCGAUGCGCAACAAAAAUGAAGAGGCUAUCAACGAUUUACGUCAACGCAUUCCUGAAAUCGAAAAUAUAUUCGAUGUGCACAGUCGUAUUGGUAAUGGCACCUUUAGUACGGUACUUUUGGGCACACUGAAGAAGGAACGGGAAUUACCUGAACAUUUGCGUCGGAAAUUUGCCAUUAAACAUCACAUACCCACCAGUCAUCCGGAUAGGAUAAUGAAGGAGUUGCAGUGUAUGGCGAAAAUUGGCGGCACGAACAACGUCGUCGGCAUCAACUGUUGCAUACGCUACAACGAGUCGGUCGCUUUCAUCAUGCCCUACCUGCAACACGAUCGCUUUCACGAUUUCUUCAACAAAAUGGAUCUGACCGAGCUGCAACACUACAUGCGAAAUCUGCUAAUCGCGCUGCGUCACGUGCACAAAUUCAAUGUCAUACAUCGCGAUGUGAAGCCCAGCAACUUUCUAUAUAAUCGCCGCAAACGUCAAUUUCUACUCGUGGACUUUGGCUUGGCACAACAAGUGUUUACGACACACAUACCCACGGGUACGCUGGAGUCCGGCUGUGAGCAGUCGAAUGCGCCGCCCGCCUUGACAUCGGCGGCGGAGGGUAAGCGUCCGCGCGAUGGUGAUGAGACGAUGUCUAGCAAGACAGUCGAUGGCUCGAAUGGCAGCGUCGCGUCGUGCGACGCCUAUGGUGGCACCAAACGUCUGCGUUGUACCGCGCCGCAGGCUGAGCAAGAGCUCGUUGGCAGUGCAACACCGCAUGCGCGUGGCGCUAAUAGUUGCAUUGUCGGCGGUUCACCAUUCAAAAUGCCACUGAAACAAUUGAAUGAGAUUACCGGCGCGGCGUGCAAUAAAAGCGGUACUUCAGCAGGCGCGGCGCUAGCGGGUGUGGCGUCCAGCAAUAAUGCGCAUCAGAACAAUAAUGCAGCUGGCGGAAAUGGCAUUUGUGAACCAACGCUGGGUCGACAAGUGAAGUCGGCCAUAUUGGGUGGUGGCGGCGGCGGCAGUCCGGCAAGCAGUCGCUUUCACCAGAAGUUACGCCAGAGCGCUGGUUGUGCACGAAAUGCUAACAAUAACAACAACAACAACACGCCAGAAUCUGCUACCGGCUCGAACACGGCCGCCGCCGCCGCCGCCAUUGGUGGUGCUCCGUGCGCGGAUAACAACAAUGCGACGAGCAGAUACAAUACCAAUCGUAAUCUGAGCGUCGCCAAUGGUCCAAAAUGUGUUUGCUAUGGCAAUCCGCAGGUGUGCAAUAUGUGUCUGGUGAAAAAGGAAAUGCACGCUUCGCGAGCCGGCACGCCAGGCUAUCGGCCACCCGAAGUGUUGCUCAAGUAUGCGGACCAGACGACGGCGGUGGACAUUUGGGCAGCGGGCGUCAUAUUUCUCUCCAUACUCUCAUCGGUGUAUCCCUUCUUUAAAGCGCCGAACGAUUUCGUCGCACUCGCUGAAAUGGUGACGAUAUUCGGCGAUAAGACAAUACGCAAAACUGCCUUCAUACUCGACCGUUUGGUGACGCUCAGCCAGAAGACAAAACCGCUCGACCUGCGUAAACUCUGUGUACGCUUUCGCAAUCGCAUCAAAUUCAGCUCGCCGGAGUUGCUAAAGAAAUACCAGCGUACGGAUGGCACCUGUGAGGUGUGUCGCAACUGUGAUCAAUUCCACUUCAACUGUUUGUGCUCGGAGAGUAGUUACAUCACGGAACCACUAGACGAAGAUGACCCCUUCCCGCCAAGCGCCUACGAUCUACUCUACAAACUGCUCGAAGUCAAUCCACUACAUCGCAUCACUGCCGAGGAGGCGCUCAGACAUCCAUUCUUUAGCGAGACCAAAGUAACUGCCGUGGCAGGCAAUAAUAAUGUGCAAGGCGCUGCAAUUGCCGUCGAGUCGUCGCAGAAGAAGAGUGCGCGUGACAAAGUGGAGCCUUGAAAGUUGCCUAAGCGUCGUAGAAAGAAACGCAAAACCAAAGGGAGAGAGAAACCAAAAGAAACUGGCAGUUAGUGUGUCGAUGGGAAAACGUAAAAAUUUGUGUUUAUUGUUUUAUUCGAAAUUCACAUAUAAAUUAUCGAGCUUGUGCUUCGAACUAAGUACAAUGGGCAUCUUCAAAUGCAGCUACUAACAAACGGCACCCAAAACGCAUUGUGAAAUUUAUACGACAUUUAAAUCGUAUUUAUAUAUGUAUUUAAUAUUAUUAGUAUUUUAGUAGCAACAAACUUUUUGGGCGAACUCUAAUUUUCAAACUCAAUAAUGCCGAUGUCUGUAUGGAGAAAUUUUUACAAAUAUCUUUGAAAAAUUGUGUAUCAUAGUGUAGUAGUGUUUUAUAUAUAUAUAUAAAAUACUUGUAGUAUAAAA